AUGACGCCGUUCCUCCCAAAUGAGAUCUUAGUUCUCGUCCUAGAUGGACUCGAAAAAAUCCAAGACCGUGUCCGACUUCUCCAAGUCUGUCGGCACUGGAACGCGGCGCUAUCAGCCAAAGUGUACUCGAGUCUUGAGAUUGUCUUCCCCGAAACCUUAGUCGACUUAGCGGAAGCGCUCCAGAAGAACCCCCAACUGAAGUUUCUCGUAUACGAGCUCCAUAUCCCAAGUUUCUAUGUUUAUGACUUCGACGAGGCCCAGGUCUACAAUCGUGCGCUGUUCCGCAGAUUCUUAGAGUGCUUCACGGACAAUGACGAGGAACUAACCAAGUGGGAAGAGAGGCUAAACGUGAACAAUACCUCUGCUUGGCUCACAUUAGUCCUGAUCUCCCUCCCCAAUCUCGAACAUCUCAAUCUGGGCUGGGGCGGCGAUGGCCUAGAAACAGCGUGUACACUUUGGGCGGUCUCUAAAAUCGCAAGCAAAUCGCCCAGGAAAGAUCUGCCUUUGCAACAUCUACAAAAGCUCACCGCGGGAUCUGUAGAGAUCAAGGAGAAUUUCCCGGUACGGGAAUUUAUCCCAUUCCUUAAACUGCCGUCUAUACAAGAAUUGCGCCUCUCCUAUAUUGUUGAUUGGGACCAAAGCGUGGAGGAAGACUCCAUUUUCGGUGUUUCUUUCAAUCUUCCGCAAGGUGUCUCCCCGGUCCGCAAGCUAGUCCUACGGGCGUCGAACGUGGUGCACGGAAUGCCCGGGUUCAUAGCGGCGUGCGCUCAUCUUGAACACUUCGAGUAUCAGCACAGUAAUCAGGCUGAGUGGAGUAGAAAGUACCGGAGCUACCGGUGUCGACCUUUCCACACUGCCCUUUCAACGCAGAAAGAGAGCCUGCGCGUGCUACGACUAAAUAAUAUCGGUGUUACAAAAGAAUGGGAAUGGGAUUAUAAUGAUCAAGUAAAGGCGCAGGCUUGGUUUGGAAGCUUGGUUGAGUUUGUGGCCUUGAAGGAAUUGAGUAUGCCGGUGCGGAAUCUUCUGGACUCCACAGGUGGUGAGGAGCCUACUAUGGACCUAUGCGAGAUUUUGCCAUCUAGUCUUGAAAUCCUUGUUCUUACCAAAGUUGAUUUCGUUGAGUAUUUUAUGCUUGAGGGGCAGCUUAGUCGCCUGAUUGGUGUCAAAGAGCAGCAAUUUCCUCAGUUGCGGAAAGUUUCGCUACAGACUUUUCAGAUGGAGGUUGUUGAAGGUGAAGAAAUCUGUAAGAAAACAAGGAAUUGGAGGAUCCCGAAGCGUGCGGAAAUGGUUUUCAGGGGUGUGAGGAGCUCUUGCGAGGAACAUGGCAUUGAAUUUAGCUUUGUCCUUGAUGGCGAUUACCAGAUCCUAGCCGAUGGGCGGGUGGUUGAUGAUACUGAUGAUAUUGGCGGAAGGGCUCAUUGGGAUUGA